AGAAGGUUGCCUCGACUUUCCUGGUAUAUUAGAAAAACCAAGCAAGAAAGGUGGAUAAAUUGAAGAUCUGGUUGAAGCACAGGAUCUUAGAUUCUCUUCCACAAAACUUAUGCAGCUAUGGCUUAUUCAACCAACAUUGCUCAACCUUGCUUGAAGAGAUGUUCGACCCACCAUUACAUUGCUAGGAACAUUCACUUUCACCAGGAAUUCACAAAGAUGAACAAUUUCUGGCCAGCCAAACCCCAUAAUACCAAUGCUGUGCCUUCAAUGGAGAGUCAGAAACAGAUUACCGAGGGAGCUAUGGCUUAUUCUAUGAACGAUGAGACAGGAAAACAGCAAACUGCCAAUGACCUCACAAAGGAAUUUUGUGAAGGAAAAAAGAUGAAUCGCCCGUCAUGGACGAAAGAGUCAUCUUUCCUAACAGAUGAUGGCUAUUCAUGGAGAAAAUAUGGGGAAAAAGUGAUCUUGAAUUGUCUAUACCCAAGGAAUUACUUUAGGUGCAUCCACAAGUGCGAUCAAGGCUGCCAGGCAACAAAACAAGUUCAGAGACUUGCAACUGUUUCACCGAAGUAUCGCAUCACUUAUUUUGGCCAUCACACCUGCAGAAAUAUUCUUAAGGAUGAAGAAAUCAUCACAACAUAUCCUGGCCCUCGUGAGGAGGGUGGCAUUCUGCUCAGCUUUGAGCGACCUAGGAUUGAGAGGAACACCACAGAUUCUGAUAUGCUUCUAAGUUUUAAGUUACCCAAACCCAAGAUUAUUCUACCUAAGAUUGAGAGCAACACCAGAGAUUCUGAUCUUCUACCUUUUAAGGGACCCAAGGUUGGUCCUAUUCAAAGAUUUCCUCUGAACAUUAUCGACUCUGAUCCUUGUGCAUCUUAUAUAGCCACUGCAAAUUCCAAGAUUUCUGGUAACAACAAUCAACAUUUCCUCGGCUCAAAUCAAGAAUCUGCAGAAGAGGAUUCAGUUGGUCCAAUAGGCAAUGAUCCAUAUGUAGAACUCAAUAUGGGGAAGGAUUUAAGGUCAUUCGUAUCGCCUGAAACUAGCAUGAGUUCUGAUUAUGGCACUGCAGUGUACUCGUCUACUUCUAAAAGUUCUAGCAUGAAUUCUGGGGCUGGGCCUAUUGAUUUUGAUGCUGGAUUUUACUUUCAUAUUUGAUUUAAUAUAUCGUCCGCGCUAUAGAGCUUUGAGCUUUCAAUGGUAACAUUUCAUGAGUCAUUAGGAUGAUAGCCAAAUGACCAAAUGUCUCUCUCAUUACAAUAUAUGAAGGAGUUUCUACUAUAAAUUCCAUGA